GUUCAACUUCGACACAAGAUAGGAGCCUCAAAAAUGAAUCGUUUGCUGUUCUCUCUGACUGUUGUCGUUCUCAUGGCUGCACAUGCUUUUGCAUUAAGAUGUUAUUUCUGCCAAGGUACUGAAGACAUAUGUAACAAAAGCAAGUUGAAAGAAAACAAAGGCAGCUAUUUACAAUCGUGCCCGUACGGCGAUAAAUGCUACAGAUACUGGAUUAAAGUCAAAGAUAGCGAUGGCAUUGUUACAAAUGGAUGUGGUUCCCAAUCCACCUGUGACAGCCUAAAGUCCGCUUGUGAUCGAGCGAAAGAUGCUUCGAAGGACUACCAUUGCGCAAUUGGCUGCUGUUCUGAAGACGGAUGUAACGCAAGCUCAUACUUCACUGCCAACAUCAUCCUGUUGACCAUUUCCUCUGUCCUGGGCCUAGCACUGCUGAAGUAA